UCGAUGAGGAUGGAGUGAGCAAAGCCGAAGAACCCCAAGUCUUGAAAUUGGAAAAAGACUGCGUUUUUACAAUUUCCGGAUCUGUGGGCACCCCAUUAAGCUUCAUGAUUUUUAUUAAUUUUUUCCCCGUUGAAUUGUUGAAUCCAAUCAUUUCUCAAAUUUAAUUCUGUAAUACAGCCACCCUCAUCAAUCACCUUUUUAUUGUCUAUUAAAUUCGAAUUCUACGAUCAUGAUGAUCAUCCACUCGCACAUACGUGGAAAAAGCCCAGAGAUUUCUGGGUGUCUUACCCGGAUUUUGGUUUACUCUCGCACUACAUUCGUUCUUGUUUUCCGAAUAGAACAGACUGUAAAAGUGGAUGAUAAAAGGAAUUAUAAUAAUAAUAAUUGUUUUUACUUUUUUUUUUUUGCUCGCGUUUGUUUUGGUUCGUGUUUUUGAUGUGUUAAUGUUUGACUCUGUGGCGUGUAUGGGUAAUGUAAUUGUCACUGCUCCAAAGCUGACACAGCCUCCCAAAUUAUUCGUAAGAGUAGAAAAGAUUUAUAUUUAUAUUUUCGUUUUUUGUUUUUUGUUUUUUAAUAUUGAGUACUCUUUUUGGGGUAUUUGAUUUUAACGGUUGUUGAUUGUGAAUUUUAUUAUCACAACUAAGAGAUGGAUAGAUAUAUGUGAAAGAAAGAUUCUUAAAUCACCGUUUUUUUGUUCUUUUCUUUUCUAUUUUCCUUUUUCCACAUUGAUUGGAUGGAUGGGUGGAUGGAUGGUUAGAUUUUUAAGAAUAGGGUAUUAGGGUUUCUUUCAUUCCUUACUCGUACGCAUUCUUUUUGUGGAUUUGGAGCUUCCAAGUGACGUGGACCCUCGAUCGUUGUUGAUUUCUCCUUUUGGGUUCUUCGGAUUCCUCUGUUUUCUCAUCUGGGUCGGAGUUCAAGGGAGUCUUGGUGGCAUGGUGAUUGGUUAUGCAAGUCCAGGAUUCUAUAUUGGGUUUGAGUAGCUUUGGAGUGUUUGAUGUAGCAGAAAUUGCAGAUUUCCAUACUCUCACAUCAUAAAGUGAGGAGCUUGAUUGGUUCUGUAGUUCAAACAAGUUGGCAGUCAGGAGACAACAUCUGAUGUAUUCUGUUCAAGGGACUUCCAAACAUAGUUGCAGUCUCCUUGCAGUUGUGUGUGGUAGAGCUGCUGAAAAUAUAUACAAGCAAGAUGUUGCAGAUGAGAGGCCAGGAUAUCCCACUUCAGAGAUAGCAUCAUCUGGUCGUUUGGAGGUUCAACUUCUAAAAAACCCAAGCACAGAUGAAUUUCGUAAGGCUCUGGAUACAGUGAAGCCAAACAUAGUCUUUUUGCAAGGAGAUCAGCUUCCAAACGAUGAAUUUAGUUCACUAGUAUGGGAAGGUUUUAACUUGUCUUCUGAAGAAGCCAUUUCUGGGCUUUCAAGUGCCAGAUCACUAACCACAGUUUACUUGGAGAUCCCAGAAGGAGAAGAAUUGGCUGAGGCUCUUCACUCCAAGGGAAUUCCAUAUGUGAUAUAUUGGAAGAAAACGUUUUUCCAUUAUGCUGCCUGCCAUUUUCGCCAUGCAAUGUUCUCAGUUCUUCAGAGUUCGUCUUGUCACACUUGGGAUGCUUUCCAACUAGCACAUGCUUCAUAUAUGCUCUAUUGCGUUCUCCCGGAUAACAGCCAAACGGUUAGUGGUAAGGUGGUCCCUCUUAUUCUUGGAGACCCUCCGAAGAUCGAUGUUCCUCCACCAGAGCUAGGUGGUGAAGAUGAAGAAGAAGGCUCCUCUGAAGCUCUUCCUGCCAUUAAGAUCUACGACGAAGAUGUGACCAUGAGGUUUCUUGUUUGUGGAAUGCCACGCUCAUUGGAUACUUGUCUAUUGGAAUCUCUGGAGGAUGGCCUUAAUGCCAUUUUAAGCAUAGAGAUGCGGGGGAGCAAACUCCAUAAUCGUGUCAGUGCCCUUCCACCGCCACUCGAGGCAAGUACGUUUUCUCGUGGAGUGGUGACCAUGCGAUGUGAUCUAUCAACAACUAGUUCAGCUCAUAUCUCGCUUCUGGUGUCAGGCAGUGCUCAAACAUGCUUUGAUGAUCAGCUUUUGGAGAAUCACAUAAAAAGUGAAAUAAUUGAAAAGACUCGACUGAUUCAAGCAGUGCCAAACGGUGAUGAGAGACGAAUGCAUUUGUCUGAACCCCGAAGAUCCGUUUCAAUAGCCUGUGGUGCAGCAGCUUUUGAAGUUUGCAUGAAGGUUCCUACAUGGGCUUCACAGGUUCUAAGGCAACUCGCACCCGAUUUUUCAUAUCGUAGUUUAGUUGCACUUGGUAUUGCCAGCAUUCAGGGAAUAGCCGUUGCCACAUUUGAGAAAGAGGAUGCAGAACGAAUCGUUUUCUUUUGCUCAGAGCCGGGGAAGGAUCUCCAUUCUAGUAGUUUUAACGCAAUCACCCCCCCAAUCUGGUUAAAACCGCCUGCUCCUAGCAGAAAGAGGCCUCGUAUGUGCCAAGAAACGAGCCGUUACCCCCAAAGGGAUCAUGAUGGAGUAGCAAAUGGGCUUGCAACACCUACGGUUCCCGCUAGACAAAAACUGAAAGCGGCAGCAAUGAGGCCCAUUCCCCAUAUCCGUCACCGAAAAAUGCUUCCCUUUUCUGGAAUGUCAGAGGCGGAGGCACAUGACAGACACCCGGUUAAAUCUAAUUUCCCCGUAGUUCCUUCAACGAAGGCCAGUAACGUUGGAGUUACUCCUGUUACUCAUCGCAAAUCAGUGUCGAGCUCUCAUCAGGCAAAGCAAAUUAUAUCUCUCAAUCCCCUUCCUCUGAAGAAGCAUGAAUGCGGUAGAAGCCCAAUACAUGUUUGCUCCGAGGAAGAAUUCCUUAAAGACGUAAUGCAGUUUCUUAUACUUCGUGGUCAUACUCGUCUCAUUCCUCAAGGUGGACUUGCCGAGUUUCCAGAUGCUAUACUCAAUGCCAAGCGUCUUGACUUAUUCAACUUGUACAGGGAGGUUGUUUCUAGAGGCGGUUUUCAUGUUGGAAAUGGCAUAAAUUGGAAAGGACAAGUUUUCUCAAAGAUGCGCAAUCACACGGUGACAAAUAGAAUGACUGGUGUUGGAAAUACGCUUAAAAGACAUUACGAAACUUACCUCCUGGAGUACGAACUUGCCCACGAUGACGUUGAUGGAGAGUGCUGCUUGUUAUGUCACAGUAGUGCAGCUGGCGAUUGGGUUAACUGCGGGAUUUGUGGCGAGUGGGCACAUUUCGGUUGCGAUAGGCGGCCUGGACUUGGCGCCUUCAAGGAUUACGCAAAGACAGAUGGACUAGAAUACAUAUGUCCUCAGUGCAGCAUAUCGAAUUUCAAGAAGAAAAUUCAGAAAACGACGAAUGGCUAUUCUUGAGGAGGCCUAACACGACAACCCGGUUUCCGGGGUUUAACUAAUCCUGAUUCUUGUCUAAAUUUUAUUUUGCUAUUUUUUUUUUUUGUUCUGCCUCUCUGCAUAGUUAGAUCUUCUUGUUACUGCGUAGAGUCAUGUGAUAUUUAGGGCAUAGGUAAGUUUAAGCUGUUGGGGACAAAUAGUGGAAAGUAGGGAAAAUAGAAGCAAGAAAGUGAAAAAAGUGUAACAGCAAGGAUGAGUGAGUGAGUGGUGUAAUAUAUAUAUCCAUAAACCAUUUUGUAAUUGUAGCUUUAUCAGUGUAGUUACUAGUUAAUGCACAUUUCUCU